AUGGCUGCUAGCACACGCGAUCGCAUCGGGCUCUCAACCGGUCCUCUUCCUGACCGGGACAUGUUCCCAACGACGUCUGACCUGACGACGUCGACGGAUCCUCCUCCUGCCAAAAAGCGAAGACUCAAGCUCAGACCUCCUAGGCCCAUCUCAAGUCCAGAGGAUACCAUCGCUGUCUCGCGGACAAAGGGACUGCCAGCGAGCCGGAUCAAGCGGAAUUCUGACCUGCACAGUGAGCAAAGCGAGCAGGCUGAAUCAAGCAUAAUCCCCAGAAAUGCGCCAUUUGCAGCGAGCGUCGCAAAAUCAACAAAAAGUGGUUUCAUUCAUCACGAUUCUACCGACGACGAAGUCCCACGCGCGGCUGCUGCGCCAGAAGAUUAUGGUGAUUUUAUGUCAUAUUACAUUUCAACCAGCGACGCUCCAGAUCAAGUGAGUGCUGGCAACAAAGCGAAACCCAACAAAGCAGCUACCAAGAAGCGCAAGACGAGGAGCCUUCCGAAUGAGGAUGCAUCGUCCAGGACGAAGCAACAAGAAGUGAGUCGCGAUGUCUCCACUUCGGUGAAACCAACUCUCGCACCCAAGCAAACGGAUCCUUCCAAGUCCGCUCCUGACGCUCAAAGCCACUAUUCCAGGGAUCUGGCCACAUCUAAAGAUCGCUUUGCCGAUACAGAUUUGAUGCCCAUACCCUGCGAGCGACGUGGGUCAAGCCAGGUGGCCAACCAUGGACCCCCUGUGCCUCACAACAACCGUCGACCAGUGCUUCAGUGGAUCGAUAUCGUCCCAGCUCCCAAACCCUCUCAACCCGACAGCAUAUCUGAUAUGAUCAAGAAGGUCAAUAAGCUCUCAUCAUCUCUCGCUGGAAUUGGAGGCACAGUUGCACAGUACCCACCACCAACCCUGCCUGUCCCCAACCCGACAGGUUCACCACGCCGUUCUGACCAUGAGCUUUCUUCGCACCACCAAAGCCACAGCCUUGUUACAGAUGUAGAGAUUACUCUUCCCGAAGCAGGCUCAGACGACGAUCCCUUGGUGCAUGGCAUAUAUUUCAUACAGAACGCUUUGAGGUCGUGGGCACAACAACGACUCGCCUCUGAGACAUUCCGUCAAUAUCAGAUACAAGCUCAACAGCAUGCAUCCACAGUGGGGCAUUCAGGUUGUGGACUGCCAGCGACACCCCAUGGCUCGGCCGAUGAUAUCGUCGUCACGUGCGAUCUUGCGGCUACUCCGGAGGGAGUGACAAUCCAAGCCUUUCAGGAGGUGUUGGACUCCGGUUGCUUGCGAAUGAAUUUGAUGAUACCGCGGGAGCUGUCUCUCGCUCUUUGCCGACUAUACGUACAGAUCGAUCAUCUCAUCAAUCAGGAUCAGCGAAACGGAACGCAAUGGCAGUGUAUGUCGUAUGGAGCCCAGCUAGCUGCGCAUUACAAGCGAAUCGGAAUAUGGCAAGACACGCAAUCUCGAAGUCAAUCAGAACUGAUCAAGCAGCAACAAAUGGUAGAUACACAACUAAUGAAUCAGCUGAAUUCAACAGGUAGUCCGCUGACAGCUAGUGUUGCCGCGCAGGAGAAGCCCAAUAGUGAACGCGACGGAGCACCAGACCUGCGUGCGAAACUUCCCACUUUGAUUCCACGCUCAUCACAAGAUCUGUCCGGGUCAACUAAACUGCGUCUUAAGCCGGACCUGAAGCAAAGUACGCAGACUCCGGUAGCGCCAGGGUCACAACCCUUCCUUCCCGCGGCUAUGACGCGUUCAAGUAAGGCAUCGAGCAUCUCGCUGAGUACGCCAUCCCGUUCGAGCAAGAACUCAGUCAUACACGACGAGCAGCAUACGGCCAGAGGUGGCUUUAUUGCAAUCCCUGCUCAGACUCGGCUCUCAAUCAACACGCCUGGCGACACCAAUGAAACACCGUUUGAGAUACUUUCCUCUGAUGCGGCUGCACCACAGCAGUCUGCGAGCACUUCAGCGGCAGCGCUUCGCCAAAGUGGCUCAGAUGGUCGUGGUCGGCGCCUCGCUCGAUCAUCAUCAGCCGCAAUUAUCCCUGCACAGUCCCCAAACGGAACAGAAGCCAAGGAUAGUGCAGAGAAACAUUUUUCAGGCAAGCUGCCUCGCAAUUCGCUGAAGUCCCCCGUCAGCUUGAAGAAUACCCGCGUAUGCUCCUCACCAGCAGCGGCCCACACUAAGCUCCCUCGGUCUGAUGAGCUCCGGACUCGAGAGUUGUCGCGCACCAACGGUACGAUAGAUGCUGCUACCAUCGUGGGCCGCCCACCAGACACAGAUUUGUCGCAAAGCAUCACGGAGAAUCACGAAAAUCCACAGCCUUCGAUGUCGCCGCAAUUAGGAAGGUCAAGGCGAAUCCGACGCAGUAGUCGCAAAUUGGAAGAAUCCAAGGGUAUUGAAGUGUGA